AGUCCAUAUAAAUUAAUCAAUCUUAUCACUAACCCAUCUCUCUCUCUCUCUCUCUCUCUCUCUCUCUCUGAUGGAAAAUUACCAAACAUUUUUUUCCUCGCCAGCAAUACCACCAACUUCUUCUUCCUUGUCAUUGAACAUGGGGAACCCUCAUGGCGCUUACAGUACUACUGAUCAUCUUCAAUUCCAAAAUAACAAGUCACCACCAGCAAAUGGAUUCUUGGGGCUGAUGUCAGAUAUGGAGGUUUCAAACAAUAUUAAUUCUUCCCAGAGCAAAAGCUUUGGGGGGCCUGAAGGUGCUGUGAGGUCAGGGACGAAGAAGGGGGAGAAGAAGAUAAGAAAACCCAGAUAUGCUUUUCAAACGAGGAGCCAAGUUGAUAUCCUUGAUGAUGGAUAUCGAUGGAGGAAGUAUGGUCAAAAAGCAGUGAAGAACAACAAGUUUCCAAGAAGCUACUACCGGUGCACGCAUCAGGGGUGCAAUGUGAAGAAGCAAGUUCAGAGGUUAACCAAAGAUGAAGGCAUUGUUGUGACAACUUAUGAAGGCAUGCACUCUCAUCCCAUCGAGAAAUCUACCGAUAACUUUGAGCAUAUUUUGAGCCAGAUGCAAAUCUACACUUCAAUUUAAUUAUGCCCCUCAGAGACAAUAUUUUACAUGUAAAACCUCUAC